CGUCCUUAUCGAGCACCUGCACGAAACGAUGUUUACAAACGUGGGUGCAUAAUUCACCGGCAACAAUUCUGUCACAUUACCGGCGUCUAUGGCUGACGAUUCAGAUUUCGUUGGACACUUGGUUAAAUUUAACUCACUUUCGUCAGGAAGGGAUAAACUUGCAAGAUUAGUCCAGUAUGCCAGCAAAUUUGCAUGGUGGUACCUACAGAAAGGACACUUUGACCCGAACAUCAUUUUAAAAUUGAAAAAUGUGGAUAACGCCCUCAGCACUACGAGAAAAGUACUACGUUUGGGAAAGAGCAUUGACUUUCUUCACUCAGCCCUACGAAGCAUCCACAUCUCUGACACAGUCCUUCGUUUGACAAUCACACUAUCCAAGAUCAACCAAGCUUGCUAUCUUCUCUUUGACCACAUCAUAUGGGCAGGCCGAAUUGGCAUAGCCAAAGUCGACAGUGCCAAAUGGAAGGAUUUGUCGGCCCGUUUCUGGCUAGUUACUAUAAUCCUCAACCUCAUACGAGAUGUGUAUGGAAUGUGGACUGUUAUCAUCGAAGAACUAAGGUUACGCAACGAGAGGGCUUCAAAGUCUCACUAUGGAAAUGGUGAUGUUAACCACAAAUACAAAACACGCCAUAUCCCCAAUGAUACAGAGGUUGUGCUAUCAUGUUUUCAAGAAAGUGUUCCGCUGAUUCUGGACUUUGUUCGUAAUAUGAGUGAUCUUGUUCUUCCGCUGGCCGCACUGAAGCGGAUCAAUGCUUCAGCUGGGGUGCAAGGUGCCGUGGGUGUGGUCUCAUCCGUUAUUGGAAUCAUCACAACAUGGAAUCCAGACAUGCGAUUGGUUCCUUCUUGACAUUUGGUUUCUAACAAUGACUGAAUGUGCCUCAGUGAUCUUAUUCCUGGCAAAAUCCUGAUUCCUCUAUAUAAAGAUAGUUUAUCAUAUCUCUGUUCCUUUAGCAUGUUUAGGGACGGUCAGGUAGCCUAGUGGUCAAAGCGUUCACUUGUCACAUCGAACACCCGGGUUCUAUUCUAUUAUAGCAUUCAUCCAGGACCCCCUUUCACAAAGUGAUCACUGUGCUAAGAUGAUGGUAAAUCCUGCAGUUAAACAAAGGCUUACAAUAGUCUUAGCGCUAUGGUUACUUCGUGACAUAGGGACCUGGACCCAUUCACCGCCAUCCCAGUGUUCUGUGUCUCGUUUUAAUGGCGCAACACUGAAAGAUAGACAUCAAAUGAAAUUACACUGUUCUAUCAUGAUUGAAACAGGCUGAUAUCACUAGUCUUCACCUCGACUUUUCAUGCCGUCUUAAAUAUUACCAGAACGUCUUUAACCAUACAAUUAUAAACAGUCAGGAUGACCAUGAAAAUGAAUUCCCACACAGAGUUAUGGAAAUAAAACCCCUGAAAACCCACAUAAACAAGAAGUGACCCUGACUGAUAAGGACUUUCUCCUGCACCCUCCCUUCUUCAGGAAAAAUCUUUUUCAUCUAUAAGUUAAUUGAUAACAAUUAUCCUCCUGAUUGGAGGGCUCACUCGGAUGAUGACACAAUUUUGAAUAUAGAUCUGAGCCAAAGUCACAUUCAGAAGCAGUUUGAUUGGUUGUUGAUUUCAGGCUCAUGAACGAGAGAAAUUCUGUGCUGAAUUAGUAAUAAGAGGUAUGAAGCUGGUGAUGUCACUUCCUGGGAUAUGUCAUAAUAGCAUGGAGCUGUAAUCAGUAACUCCUAUGCUUUAGCAUAGAGAUACUACUGUAGCAUGUGUAAUAGUGCUAUUAUUGUAUGGUUGUAACAAUACUUGUCUUUGUGAUACAUGACAUGAUACAUGAAAAAUUUACACUUGACACGUUAAGGGAACAUUUUUGCAUUAUCAAAGAAAAUUAAUAGUACUAGUAGCCCAACUAAAACAUGGUAACUAGUAGCCCAACUAAAACAUGGUAACUAGUAGCCCAACUAAAACAUGUUUACUAGAUCUGAGUCAGUUAAUAAUCCGGGGUGGUCGGGUAGCCUAGUGGUUAAAGCGUUCGUUCGUCACGCCGAAGACCUGGGUUCGAUUCCCGACAUGGGUACAAUGUGUGAAGCCCAUUUCUGGUGUCCCCCGCCGUGAUAUUGCUGGAAUAUUGCUAAAAGCGGCGUUAAACCAUACUCACUCACUCACUCAGUUAAUAAUCCUGUACCUUGAGAACUUUUAUGCACUGUGAAAAGUCCACAAAAUGUCCUUGAUCCAAUCCCUUAUACUUUUUGAAAAUUGUCAGAUUGCAUAUACACUUCCAUUCAUUUUACAAAUAACUCUCACUCUGAACACUGCAAGGCCCUUUGAGGUAGUUGUUUGGGACGUCCAUGUUUUCAUCAGAGGAGUAUUAUUUGUGUGUUAAUGCUUUAUCAUGUUUAUUCUGAACUUUUAUAUAGGCAGUCAUAGUUAUAUAUAUGUAUAUAUUGUUAUGUAGAACAUAUUGAUAUUGCAUUGUACAUGGUAUCUAAUAGUGCUUAGGUUAUUUAAUCAUUAAGAGUGUUUCCUAAUCAUCUGUAUUAACAAAUGUGUAAACAGAUCAUUACCCCGUAACCUAUAUACAGAAAUAAAUAGUUUUUAGAGCAAUACACAGAAAUAUGUUUACAUGUCCAUAUAUAUUUUUUUAAUAAAAACUGUCCAUAAUUUUACGACUGUUAUUUCUGUGGGAUUUCUUGAGAAAAUUGUCAAGUUAUUAAUGGCAAUCAUCAACCAUAUAUGCAGAAACAUUCUACUUUAAUAUCUUAACUGGUUUGUGCAUGUGACUUAUACUCUGUUGUAUCAUUGGGAGUCCCAGAGGAGCAUCGAACAUGUGUAAUAUAAGAAUAUUCUUAACGUUUGUUAUACAUCAUGCUGUUAUUAAUUUUAACAGCAACUUACAUAUUCUAAUGAGGACAAAUGUAAAUAAUAUUGAAUAUUGUGUGUGUCACCGUGUAACGUGUUCAGUAUGAACCUGUUUGUAAUCUUUCAUCUAUUGGAGGACAGCCAAAGUGGAUAUGUUUUGUUUGAUUCAGUGAUUGCAAAUGGUGCUUACUUUUGAACUGAAAUGGGUUGCAAAUAUAUUACUGUACCCAAAUUAUUCAAAUCAGAUUUGUUAAUAAAAUUAUGUAUUAUUAUA